UAGGGGAGGAACGCAAGCGCCGCGUGUGUGGGCGGUGCUAGAGGGAGUCACGUGUACGAAUUCCCGCGGGCGGCGGUUGCCCGUCACGUGACUUGGGCAAGAUGGCGGCUCCCACGGAAGGGACAGAUCUGGAAGCCUCCUUGCUGAGCUUUGAGAAGCUGGACCGAGCAUCCCCAGACCUGUGGCCGGAGCAGCUGCCAGGUGUUGCUGAAUUUGCAGCUUCCUUCAAAAGUCCUAUCACCAAUUCUCCUCCCAAAUGGAUGGCUGAACUAGAAAAUGAUGAUAUUGAUAUGUUAAAGGAGCUGGGAAGCCUUACCACAGCAAACCUAAUGGAGAAGGUGCGAGGCCUGCAGAACCUGGCUUAUCAGCUAGGGCUAGAUGAAUCGAGAGAAAUGACUCGUGGGAAGUUCCUGAACAUCCUGGAGAAACCCAAGAAGUAGCUGCUGCUACUGGAACUCAGGCAAAAGUAUCACUGUCUGGGUUAUCUCAUCUGUCACUGCAGAUCCAGCAGAACACUAACUUCUUCAAGAAGAGGCUAAAGCUUUCUUCUAGAAUGACAGAAGCAAACCUCUCUACUGCUUCCACAGCUCUUCUCCUUACAGAGGAGCAGCAUUCCAGACACUUUUCAUGACGACUGCCAGUAAUUCCAUCAGCACAGAGACCUUAUCCAAGGUUUUCAGCACAAGAUUGCCAGGAAAACUCAACCCUCGUAUGCUGUAGCAAAGUUUCACAGCAGUCUUUCUAUAAACCAUUCACAGUGAUACAUCCUGAGUGGCCUCUCAUCCCCAGUGGCUUCAUUCAGUUGCUGUCAGUGACUUUGUGACACUGGCCAGUACCUCUGGGUGAUGCAUUGGCUCUUCCAUGUGUGUCUCUUGCCUUAGGAACAGUGAUUUAUUUCUGUGCUGGAAGCAACACUGCAGUGCUGACUGUAAGCAGGGUUCUGGAUGAAGACUGACAGUUCCAGGGUUUGUUAGUUCUGGAUCAGUACAAUCAUACCCUACUUACAAGACAGGUGGAACUUGUUAUGUGUCCUAGAUUGACAUUACUCACACCCUUCAGAGGUGGAUGUCCUGCAAUCAAGGGAAGUUCUUCAAUCCUGUCUCUGCCUUUGUUCUGUUCUGCAUGUCACAAAUACUUGCACCAGGUGCUAUGUGGACAGGGGGCUCCAUCUCAGUGCUAAACAUUUGUGUGUUCUCUUGUUCAACCUAGACUGAUGGCCCAUAGGGAGUGAAUAAGAGAAGGUGUCUAUUACAGUAUCAUGAAAGAAAAUGUUUCUGUGGAAACUUCUGCCAGGACACAAACAGGUCUGUCAGCUCCCUUUGCAAAUCCAGAUCAGUGAGAGUGCUCCUGAGGUACUGGAGGAAGUUAUAAGAUUGAAGGGCAAUAAUGUUUUAAAUUAGAGCACUUCCAGGUGGAGCGACUGUCUUGUUCACACCCCUGUGGGGAUAACCUUCAUAUAAACAGCAUCUACUACUUAUGCUUGAGUUCUGAUAUUUGCCCACAUUAUUAGAAAACAGCAGCUUCCAGAACUUGCUUUAACUGCAAAUGUGGAAUGUGUGCCCCAUUAAGGGGCGAAUUGUACUGUUAGCUAGUUUCCUCGUGUACAGAUUGGGCUUCAUUCAUCUGGUACUGAACUACUCUUUAGCGCCUUGUGGCCCAACUGGUACCAGAGUACUUGUUAGUGCCUUUCCUCUUUCAACAUGCUGCUGUGUAUCAGUCUUGUGUUUUUCUGAUUUGUCUAUUUCUCUGCAAGGUUGGCAUAGCUCUUAUGUCACUCUGUUUUCUUCUGCCCCGUAAAACUACGUAUUCUAGAAUAAAAAUUGGUUGUUCCUCAUGGCUAAAAUAAAGUAUUAAAAUGUUAGUCCAAGAGUAGUUUUCUCUCUUUGUUCAAACAGUUACAUACACAGUCUGCAGUUGGCUGUGAGGUGUGAAUUGAACCAGUGCUGUGGUUAUACAACAUCUUAUUAAUGCAUUGUCCUUGAAGCAUUGCAUUCUUCUGUCUUUGGGCAGAUUCUGUUUUUAGGCUGUGUUCACAUUAGUGAGGAGCAGAUUCCUGCUCAGGGCAGAUUUCUGAGAUUUUUACUAAAAUGUUUAAAGCCUUUCUAUCUUCAGUCUGUGCGUUCCUCCAGUUAGUUAACAAGAAUUAAGCUAAAUUGGGAAAGAUCCUCUUCACUAAACUUGCACAAUUAAGACCUUGACCUGCAAAGACUUACUCAAGUUCUUAACUUUGAGCAUGUGAACAGUUUGAAUUCAAUGGGGCUGUAUCUGUAUGCUUGUCUUUGGAGUGAUAAGGCUUAACAGAGCAGCUCCAGUUCUUCAAAGGAGGGGCAACAGAACAAUAGUAGAUGCAAGGAAACAGUGGAGAGCCAGAGAGGGAAAGGACUUGCUUAGUUGAUGGUCAAAAUGGGCAUAGAUGUAGCUUUGAAAGUGUUAAUUUAAAUUAUAUGUUUGUUGGGAAAUUAACAUUUGUAUGUCUAGUUUAGUUUAGAUGUAUUCUAUAUAUAUAAAAUGUGUGGUCCCAAAAUGACUUGUGUGAAUUUUGGUUCUUUGUUGCAUAUUCUGGUGGUGUCUAUUCCAAUAUAUGAGAUGUUUGGAAAGCUGAGAAGUAUAGAGGGAAAUCCCAGAAGUCUGUCGCAAAUCUGCAUGCCCGUUUUGUGAUCUGGACAGUAAAGACUCUCAAACUUCAAGUAGCUGGCACCAUAGCAUGCAAAAACCCCUUUCUUUUAUUACUACCCUGUUUAGCAGUACUUAUCUUCUAACGAUGGGGAAACAAGUGAGAGAUCCUUUAGAUUCGAGAUAUUUAUUCGUUUUGUACUUGUCAUGUAUAGAGAUGAAACAGUGAUGUCUUUUUUUUAAUUGGUAGUAUUUACAUGUACUUUUGUGUGUUAGGCAGAAAAUUAUCUAUCUGCUGUUGCUCUAUGUUCUUAUAAUAAACAAGUGCAAAGCUUACAAAAUG